CGCCUGGGGCUCCAAGGAGAAGUGCCCCACCAAGAUGUACACGACGAGCGGGGAGUGCUGCAAAGCCUGCAACCUGGGCGAGGGGGUGGUGCAGCCCUGCGGGGUCAACCAGACAGUCUGCGAGCCCUGCCUGGACAGUGUCACCUACUCGGACACGGUGAGCGCCACGGAGCCCUGCAAGCCCUGCACGGAGUGCGUGGGGCUGCAGAGCAUGUCUGCUCCCUGCGUGGAGUCGGACGACGCCGUGUGCCGCUGCGCCUACGGCUACUACCAGGAGGAGCCCAGCGGGAGCUGCCGGGAGUGCCGGGUGUGCGAGGUGGGUUUCGGCCUCAUGUUCCCCUGCCAGGACUCUCAGGAUACCGUCUGUGAAGAGUGUCCCGAGGGCACUUUCUCCAGCGAAGCCAACUUCGUGGAUCCCUGCCUGCCCUGCACCACCUGCGAGGAGGAUGAGGUGCUGGUGAAGGAGUGCACGGCCACCUCGGAUGCGGAGUGCAGAG